CGCACUCGCCUCAGAGCGAGAGCGCCUGUGACAGUGGACUGCUUUGAUUCAUGCUGUUGUGGAGCCUCCUUUUUGGAUUUGGAGAACAAUUAAAGAGGCCAGAACAGAGCGCAUGAAGGAUGAUGUCAGAUGGGUGAUGUGUGUUAUGUCUGGACCCUAUGACUAUGACUGGACCUAGCUGAUGAAACACAGGAUACAGUGGAUGGAGUGCGGGAUGGCUAAUGCAUUAAAAGAUGAGAAGAUGAAUGUGGAGGCUCUAAGCAGAGCAGAGCUGCUGACUCUCCUCAGUGUCCUGGAGGGAGAGCUGGAGGCCCAGGAUGUGGUCAUACAUGCCCUCAGAGCUCAGCACAAAGAUGCUUUCGUCCAGGAGCGUUAUGGCCAGUAUGACCUCAGCGAUCCAUUCCUGGCCCUGCAGCGGGACAGCGAGUCAGCUGAGCGCCAAAACACUCUCACCCAGCCUCACGGACACAUGCAAGGCCGGGCAGUGGGCCCCAACCCUCUGGCUGUGCUUAAACUGGUCAUGGCUCACUGCAAGAGGAUGCAAGAGAGGAUGAUGGGACAGCUGGCUGCUGCUGAGAGAAGACACAGGAGGAUGAUAGCUGAUCUGGAGGAGGAGAAACGACGGCGUGGCCAGGAGUCUGCGCAGAGUGAUGAUUUCACCUUCAUGCUGCGGACAGAAAGAGACAAACUGCUCCAACAGUUGGAAGUGGAACGUGCAAUAGUGCGGAAGUUAGAGAAGGAACAAGCACAGGCAGUGAGCCAGGUGGAGGAGUCACUGUCUCAGCAGCAACAGCUCUCCUCAACCCUGACUCUGGAGCUCCAGAAAGCCAGCAGCCAGGCACAGGAGGAGGCUCUGAAGGUCUCUCAACUUCGCUCCUUGCUCAAAGAAGAGAACAGUGCCCUGGAGAAGCUCCGGGGGGUUCUUGAAGAUGAGAAGAGCAGGGCAGUCCAGCUGGAGGGCACGUCUGAGAGGCAGCUGACUGAGUUUGACACUGAACGAGAGCAAAUGAAAGCCAGGAUCAGCAAAGAGGAGGAGAGGAGUAGGGAGCUUGAGAGACAGCUGGAGGAGCUGAGGAAGAGGUUGGCUGAAACUGGAGGGGGUAAAGAAGAGGAAAAUGAGGCUGUGACACAGGUGAAAGAAUCACUUUCCAAAAUGAUGGUGGUGUCCACCUCGGCCCAGACUGAGCCGGAUGGAAAGAUAACUGUCACUCCUAAAUCCUCCUCACUGUCAAAGGUGAAUGGCCAUCACGCUCAAAAAGAGACAGAGCCGACACAGGGAGCAGAACAUGGAGGGAUGCUAGAAAAUGGGGGUGGAGCACUUCUGCAUUCCCCUCUUCACCCUCAUCCUCACCCUCACUCUCCCUCCAGCACAGCCUCCUCUUCCCUCUCCUCUUCCCCUAUUUCCUCCCCCGUUCUUGCCAAGCGUCUGGGCAGCCCGGGCUUCCAUCAGUCCUCCUACCAGGCUGGUGUCAACCAGCGAUUCCACGCCGCCAGACACAAGUUCCAGAGCCAAGCUGAGCUGGAGCAUCAGCAGCAUGGAGGCCCUCUUUCCCCCAGGGACCUCUCCCCCACCACCUCUUGCAUCCCUCCCCCACUAGAGCACAGCUCGGCUAAGCAGCUGGCCCGCAACACUGUCACUCAGGUGCUGUCCCGCUUCACCAGCCAGCACGCCGGCGUCAAGCUGGCACCAAUCAGCAGCUCUCCAUUUGGUACAGACUACCGCAAUCUAGCAGCAUCUCCUCCUGGGGGGAGGUCGCCUUCUUCGGGGCCUCUGUCUCCGGGAAUCCGCUCCCCCCUCACUCCUCGCUCAGAAAGGACCCACGCUCCUCCGAUCCCUCCCAAGAAGCCAGGCAUGAGUCCAACUCCAGGUUCCCCGAGUCACUCUGCUCGGACCAGCCUCUUCCCAGAGCUGACGGGGAACUGUGGACACAGCAACAGUGGGCAGGAAGGAGCCAAGGAGCCAGACCUGCUUUUAUCUUCUAGCUAACGGGCAGAUUUUACAAACUAAUUCCUAAAUGUGUCCGGCCUAAAUCAACAGUUACUGUAUUAUUCAUCUUCGCCAACCCUUAAACUCACUGCAUAGCACUCUAAGUCAGUAGUGUAGAAACUUCACAUGUGCACUGGUUCAGACGGAUGCAUUAAAGAGUUCGUCACACCCCGACCUCUGUACCACAACCUGAGAAACAAUCGGAAAAUAACUAUUUGAAAUAAAAUAUAGUAUAUUAUGAUUUCUUUUCAUUCAGAUUUAUUAUUUCUAUUAACGUUCCUGUCUUUAUUCCUUUUUUGUAAGUUUGAAGCUUUAGAAUGAAAACAUUGAUCUUAUAUUUUCCUCUUUAACCCGGUGUUUAGAAAUCAUACGUAUAAAGAGAACAAGCUAAAGGCCUGUUUGGUUUUGAAGAAAGAAAUGUUAACGAGAAUUCAAAGUAAAACACUCCUUUUCUUUUCCCGUAAUGCUCAAAUCACCCGUCCUGUUAGCACCAGAAAAAGAAGCAACACUGUAUAACAAGUAGAAGGGCUAAAAUAUAUGGAUGUCGAGUCUAGAAAAUGUUUAGCGAUCACCAUUUCACUAUUAACUAGUGAGUAGUUUUUAAAUGUUUGUCCAAUGAAUCCUGAUGCAGUUCCUGUUGGGAUGGUCCAUGAAAACACUAUUAUACUGUAAAUAGUUUAAAGAAUUCACAGUUUAUUCUGAAUGAACAUCACAUGCAUGUGCUGUUUUUUUCUAUUACACUUGUCAUGAAUACACUGAAUCUUGUCUUGAAAAGGGAGAGCACACUUUGUACUACAUUACUGUAAGAUACUGUAUGUCUACAAUUCUUUUUUUAUUUGUAUUUUAUUCAGGGAAGGUCAUUUCUGCCUUACCCAAACCAAGAAGGACUGCUGUCAUGAUGUGAUAACUCUUUGUGGAUAUUCCAUCAGAGAACAUGAUGGGGACUAAAGUUUUGAAUCUUGCUACUGUAACUUUAUAUAUAAAUAUAUAAAAUGUAUUGUGUCUUGUGCUACACAUCAGAUGUUUGUUUUAAGUUUAGUGUUUGUUUGUUUUCAGGCUUUAAAAUCAAGAAUUUAUUGAAAGUAAUUGUUUUAGCAAUCAAUUUACAAACUGUAGAUUUAUACACUGAGGGGCAACGUCCAUCAGCUGUCUCUAGUAAAUACACAUAUCAUGAACACCUGCAACAUCUAGUGCCGCUUUAAAUAAAUUGCCCAUGCCUUAAA